AUGGCAUUGUCUCUGUUCUCCGAGCAUGUUAGUCCUUCCACCUUAUGCAACAGUAUGGCUUUCCUUUUCAGGGCCCAUUGUGCGGAGACUCCAAAUGGCAUCUUCCUGACCUGUCCCACAAUUGCCUUUUUCUGCACAGGAUGCCGGGCCGGUCAUGUUGAUCUGGUUCUGGUAAUCUACGGCUCCAAGAGCGUCUGGCCGCAGAACUUCGAGCUGGUGAAGCGUUUUGUGAACCAGAUCGUGGACUUCCUGGACGUGUCCCCUGAGGGGACACGUGUGGGACUGGUGCAAUACUCCAGCCGCGUGCGCACAGAGUUUCCUCUGGGCCGCUACGGAACUGCGGACGAGGUGAAGCAGGCAGUGCUGGCCAUCGAAUACAUGGAGAAAGGCACCAUGACUGGGCUGGCGCUGCGCCACUUGGUGGAGCACAGCUUCUCCGAGGCGCAGGGAGCUUGGCCCCGAGCCCAGAAUGUGCCACGUGUCGGCCUGGUCUUCACGGAUGGCCGCUCCCAGGAUGACAUCUCCGUGUGGGCGGCCCGGGCCAAGGAGGAGGGCAUCAUCAUGUACGCGGUGGGAGUAGGCAAGGCGGUAGAGGAAGAGCUGAGGGAGAUCACGUCAGAUCCUCCCCAGCAGCACGUCUCCUAUUCGCCUGACUUCAGCACGAUGACACACAUGCUGGAGAACCUGAAAGUCAACAUCUGUCCGGGGGAGAACAGCGUUCUGAAGGAAGAAAGGCAGCGUCAAUCCCAAUUAGCGCUGCCAGUGUUCCUCCUCUCUUCCCUUUGAUAUAGUGGAAAACACAUUAGACCAAGAAGUCUAGGUCUGUCUCUAACUGGCUCUGAUAUCUUAAGCAAAUCACUUGCCAUUUCUG